AUGGAUUCGGGCUGCAGUAGCCCAUUGCCUCAUGUGGAACGUCCUAGGUUACCCUUCCGUCACCGCUUAUCCAAGUCUGUGACGGAUGCACCGGAACUGCGUGUUCGAUGGUUUUAUGCCAUUGAUCGUCCUCUCAAGCCUCUAAAAAAUGCUGAAUUACUAGAUAAAAAAGCCAGAAAACUAAAGCCUUUUUCGGCAGUUGACUCGGACCGCUUGGAAAUGGCCUACUGGGAAGCAGAAGACGAGUCAGUUUUAACUCCUAUCCAGGUGAACGAGGAUCACCUCUUUGCAGUGGAUAUUGCAAAACGGGAACUAUAUCCUAUCUAUUGGGAUGGCCCAGUAUACCGGGUGGUUCGCGGAACCUGGUUUUAUGAGACAAAUAGCGAGCUUUACCCGUGCGAAGAAAAUUUAGCAACUCAAAUAGAAGAGGGUUAUCUUCACAGUUGCCCGUUUCGCGAGGAGCAGGGUUCCUUCAACCAAAAACAUGGAGGUCUGGGAAAUUGGCCCCUAUUGGGACAGUACACUGGAGGCUUUAUAGAAUUCAGCGGAAAGAACACGGCCAAACUCAAUUAUGGCCGUUUCUCCUCAAGCUUCUUUUUCCGUUGGUCACCCUCAAAUGGCUAUAAAACAGACAGACUCGUUCGUGGUUACGAACGCUCGGUCUUGUCAAUGAAACGCAGUAGUUCGGUGAAUCUUAGUUCAUCUACUACUCUUCCCGGAAAUGAUGCUAGUGAUGCAGACACUAUAGAGCUUAGUGACUACAAUCCCUCCAGCGUUACAGGAAGUGUAGACGCAUUGGGUGAAGAUCUAAAUGCUAAGCCGAAACCAGCAAAACAUUUAAUUUUCUGUUGUCACGGUAUUGGCCAGAAAAUGGGUGAACGUCUGAAGAAAGCAAGUUUUGUCUACGAUGUCAGUAAGUUUCGGCAUACACUAAAGGAAUUGUACAACAUCUCCGAAGAUCUACAAACACUAAUACCGGGCUUCAAAAACAGCAGCGUAGUGCAGUGUCUGCCUGUACUUUGGCGGCAAGAUAUUCGUUUUGGCAUGACAAAAACUGAUCCUCUCGCGGAGGAAGAAGACGGUGCAGACUAUUCGCAUGAUCUCGGAGACGAUGACGAUAUGGAGGGAGGAGCUCCCACUCUUGAGGACAUUACCAUUCAGGCUGUGGUUGGUUUCCGCAACAUUAUUUCCGAUGUCUUUUUAGAUGUACUUUUAUAUUACCAACCUUCUUACAGAGAAAAAAUACUUGCAGUUGUUGUUAAACGAUUAAACCAUGUUUACCGUCUUUACCGGGAAAACAAUCCUGAUUUCACCGGCGAAGUGUCACUUCUGGGCCAUUCACUCGGGUCAGUCAUUUUGUUUGAUAUACUCGCUCGUCAGGGUGACGAAGGAGAGCAUAAAAAGUAUGCUUUGGAUUUCAAAGUGACUAAUUUUUUUGCCCUUGGCAGUCCGUUGGGUUUAUUUCAAAUGCUUAAUGGCCGUCGCAUUUCUGGCCAAGGCUCGCUUAAUACUUCUUUAAUGCAUGGAAGUCUUUCUGAGGAGGAUUUUGUGGAUGAUACGACCGUUCUGUCUUGUCGCAACUUUUACAACAUCUUUUUACCGACUGACCCUAUUAGUUAUCGUGUUGAACCUUUAAUUGCGAAGCGAAUGGCACAAGUUCAUCCCCAGCCUAUUCCCUCGGUGAAGUCUAUUCCCGGUUUGUCGACGCAUAAUACUGGGCAACGAUGGAGUUUUGGUCCGUUUAACGUAUGGGCUGGUUUGCGUUCUGGUAUAACAAAUAGUCUGAUUAAGCAAUCUUUGGGGGACAACUGGCGCACAGCGUCCGACAAGAGUGUGACGCCUGAGAAUACGGCGAACAGUAAUAAGAACAAAGUCUGGCAACCCGAAGAGAAGGUAUAUUCUCUCAACAGCACAGGUCGGGUUGAUUUUAUGCUACAGUCCGCCUCCGAUGCCACAUAUGAUUACUCAUCAGCGAUGAAUUCGCAUUCUUCGUACUGGACAAACUUGGAUUUGGCCCACUUCAUUUUGACACAGUUAUGUUAA